AUGGAAAAUCCGUUAAAUAUCGUAGACCGUUUAAAUUUAUCAAAUCAAAAUGUCGACAAUCAUAGCGCUAGUGAACAUGGUUUUGAGUCUGAACAAAAAGAAUCACCUGAAAGAAAUGUGGCCCAUGUUAAAUUACGAGUCACUGCAGAGAAGUCUAUGUUCCAGUCUGCAUUAGGUGGAAUCAUUUCCUGUCUUGGUAGUGCAGUGGGAACUGGGAAUAUUUGGAGAUUUCCUCGUAUUUUGGCAACACAUAGUUAUUCUUCCGGUGCCUUAACAUUUUAUAUAGUAUGGUUGAUUAUUCUAUUUUUAUGGUCCAUACCGAUCAUCAUAGUCGAAUAUUCUGUUGGUAGAUUUACAAGAAACUCUGUUACGCUGGCAUUUUGUAAAUUUUUUGGACAAAAAUUCUUUUGGUUAGGAGGAUGGAUGGUGGCUGUAGUUUUCUUUGUGAGUGGUUACUAUCCCGUUAUACUCGGAUGGUGUAUAUACUACCUUUAUUUAUCAUGUACCCUUUCUUCUUUACCAACUACAGAACAGGAUGGUUUAGAAAUCUUUCGUAACUACACAGAACAUUCAUACUGGCCAGUAUUCACUCAAGUUCUAGCAGUUACACUAAGUGGUAUCUGUUUACUAGGUGGAAUCAAAUGGAUUGAAAAAGUCAAUAUGGUUCUAGUGCCACUACUUUUAUUGAUUGUGAUUUUUACAUUCGGUUGGUCAUUAACAAGACAAUAUGCUGAAGUUGGCAUAGCAUUUCUUUUCACACCAUCAUGGAAAAGCAUUUUAGAUCCAAGUAUGUGGAUUGCAGCGGCUGGACAAAAUGCAUUCGACACUAACGCUGGUAUGGCUGUUCUGGCAACUUAUUCUACUUUCAUGUCUCGCGAGUCUAGAAUAGUUUCGUACAGUCUACUUAUUCCUAUUGUCAACAAUGUCGUUAGUUUCUUUGCAUCAAUUACAAUCUUCUCAACUGUAUUUUCAACAAUUAUACAAACAAAUCCAACAGCUACACGUUCAGCCAUUGUACGAAUCAUAAAAACCUCUGGACCUGGUAGUACAGGACUUACUUUCACAUGGAUACCGGUGUUAUUUUCAAAAGUUGGUAUAGUUGGUCGUGUUUUAUGCGUCUUAUUCUUUUUAUGCCUCGUUUUUGCUGGGAUAAGUUCUCUGUUAUCAUUAACUCAGGUUCAUGUUCUUGUCAUGAAAGAUUUUAAUGUUCCGCAUCGUUUAGCUGUUGCUAUUGCUCUAUUAGCUUCAAUGAUUAUUGGUCUUCCAUCAGCAAUUAAACUGGAGUUCCUCACAAAUCAAGAUAAUACAUGGGGCUACGGUCUUAUAGUAUCUGGAUUUUUGUUCUGUCUAAUUGUCAUUAUUUAUGGACCGAAUCGAUACAGGCGUGUCCUAAUAAACGACUAUGGUAUAAAUGACUGUAACCUGAGUGUUAUUUGGGUUCCAAUAAUUGCAAUUUUAGUACCUCUACAAUCGUUGACAUUAUUGGUAUGGUGGAUAUAUGAAUCUAUCACAGUUGACCCUAACUGGUAUGUUUUAGGUUGGGAUACUUUAUCAACGACUUUACUGGAAUGGUUGAUAGUGGUGAUUGCUUUAUUGGCACUUAAUUGGAUUCUCUAUCGAACAAACGUACUAGGUGCAGCUUUGAAAAGAUCGCAUGGAUGUGAUCCGUACGAUCCAUCUACUUAUUCUAAAAAAGAUGAAUUUCAAAUUGAUGAUAUUGAAGUAGAAGAAAUGAAUAUAUUUAACUCUAGUAAUACAGUGCAAACACGCCUUUGAAAAAAAGGUAAUGCAUAUAUGACAACGAAAAUUUCAAUAUUUGUAAACUGUAAUUUAUUAUGUUUCCCAUAAAUUUUUUAUCAUAAAACAGUUUGAAACUUCUUUUUUUUCUUAUCACUUGUACUAUUUACAUUCAGAUUUCU